UCGGUUCGAAGGUUCUGUUUUUUUUUUUCAAAAACCCCAAUCCUAAUCGUCAUUGAUCCGGCAAUAGUUAACCGAUCUUUUAGAUUGUUGUAGUAAUUUUCUUUAUAUUUCACCGAUCGACCAGUCGUCAAUUCGUCGUUGAUCCGGCAAUCGUCGCUGUUCGUCAAUUUUUUUUGAUUUAACUCAGCACAAAUGGGGAGUGAUUUGAAGACGUGGGUUUCAGACAAGUUGAUCUCUCUUUUGGGAUUCUCGCAGCCUACAGUUGUCCAAUAUGUCAUUGGGUUAUCAAAGCAAGCUUCAUCUCCAACUGAGUUUGUUGGCAAGCUUGUAGACAUUGGAUUAUCAUCCACAAGUGAAACUCGUGCGUUUGCAGAAGAGAUUUUUGCGAAAGUUCCACAUAAAGCCUCUGGGUUGAGUCUUUAUCAGAGAAAAGAAAGAGAGGCGGCAAUGCUGGUAAGGAAGCAGAAGACUUACACAAUUUUGGAGGAUGAUGAUGAUGAUGGAGACGAUGUUGGUGGUGGUGUUGGCAAUAACUCUGUUGCAGCAGCUUCCCUGAGCAGAAAAACAGAUAACCGCAAGAAACGCUUCAGGAAGAAGACUGAAAACCAAGAAGAUGAAAAUGAUGAGAUAGUUGCAAAUGGGGAAGGGGAAAGACGAGUUAAAAGACGGGCUUCUGAGGAUGAGGAUGACGAUUCUGAGUCGGAGGAAGAAAGAUUGCGUGACCAAAGAGAGAGGGAGCAGUUAGAGCGCAAUAUAAGGGAACGGGAUGCAGCUGGGACAAAGAAGUUAACCGAGCCAAAAUUAACCAGAAGAGAAGAAGAAGAGGCAAUUCGGAGAUCUAAUGCUUUGGAGGAAGAUGACAUCAAUUCUUUAAGAAAAGUUUCAAGGCGAGAAUACUUGAAGAAAAGGGAGCACAAGAAACUGGAGGAGAUCAGAGAUGAUAUAGAAGAUGAACAGUAUCUAUUUCAGGGCGUUGACUUGACUGAAGUAGAACGUCGUGAGCUGAGAUACAAGAAAGAAAUAUAUGAGCUUGUUAAGAAGCGAUCUGAAGAGGCUGAUGAUGUUGCCGAGUAUAGGAUGCCCGAUGCGUAUGAUGAGGAAGGGGGUGUCAAUCAAGAGGGGAGGUUUUCUGUGGCUAUGCAGCGUUACAGGGACCCGAGUGCUGCAGAUAAAAUGAACCCGUUUGCAGAACAAGAAGCGUGGGAGGAGCAUCAGAUUGGAAAGGCAACUCUCAAGUUUGGUUCAAAAAAUAGAAAGCAAAUAGCUGAUGAUUAUCAGUUCGUGUUUGAAGACCAGAUUGAGUUCAUAAAGGCAUCGGUCAUGGAUGGUGCUAAUUUUGAAGAUAAGUUGUCCACCGAGUCAAUUGAAAAAUCUAUGGCAAAAUCAGCGUUUAUGAACCUUCAGGAUGAGAGAAAGACUUUACCCAUCUAUCCAUAUCGCGAUGAGUUACUCAAAGCUGUUGAGGAUCAUCAGGUCCUUGUCAUUGUUGGAGAGACGGGUUCUGGAAAGACUACUCAGAUACCCCAAUAUCUUCAUGAGGCUGGGUACACAAAGCGUGGAAAGGUUGGAUGUACUCAGCCACGGCGAGUUGCUGCUAUGAGUGUUGCUGCUCGAGUUUCUCAAGAAAUGGGUGUCAAACUUGGGCAUGAGGUUGGUUACUCUAUUCGUUUUGAAGAUUGCACUUCAGAAAAGACGAUUCUGAAAUAUAUGACUGAUGGAAUGUUAUUGCGAGAGUUCCUUGGCGAGCCUGAUCUGGCAAGCUACAGUGUGGUGAUGGUGGACGAAGCUCACGAAAGAACACUCUCGACCGAUAUUUUGUUCGGUUUAGUAAAGGAUAUUGCCCGGUUUCGUAAAGAUCUAAAGUUGCUCAUCUCAAGUGCGACUCUUGAUGCAGAGAAGUUCAGCGAUUAUUUCGAUUCUGCUCCAAUUUUUAAAAUACCUGGGAGGCGGUUUCCUGUUGAAAUUCACUACACAAAGGCACCAGAGGCUGAUUAUUUGGAUGCAGCAAUUGUUACGGCUCUUCAAAUUCAUGUGACACAAGAACCUGGUGAUGGUGAUAUACUGAUCUUCCUCACUGGCCAGGAGGAAAUUGAAACAGCUGAGGAGAUACUUAAACAUAGGACGAGGGGGCUAGGAACUAAAAUUGCAGAGUUGAUUAUAUGCCCAAUUUAUGCAAACCUCCCAACAGAGCUGCAGGCAAAAAUAUUUGAAACUACACCAGAAGGGGCGCGUAAGGUUGUCCUGGCAACAAACAUAGCUGAAACUUCAUUGACCAUUGAUGGGAUUAAAUAUGUAAUUGAUCCGGGAUUUUCCAAGAUGAAUUCUUAUAACCCACGGACUGGGAUGGAGUCAUUACUGGUCACUCCCAUCUCAAAAGCAUCUGCAAUGCAACGGGCUGGUCGAUCUGGACGAACAGGGCCUGGAAAGUGCUUUCGGUUGUAUACUGCCUACAACUAUUACAAUGACUUGGAAGAUAAUACCAUCCCUGAGAUACAACGCACCAAUCUUGCAAAUGUUGUGCUUACUCUUAAGAGCCUUGGGAUUCAUGACUUGCUGAAUUUUGACUUUAUGGACCCACCGCCAGCUGAAGCUUUACUGAAAGCCUUGGAACUGCUCUUUGCUCUGAGUGCACUCAAUAAGUUAGGUGAAUUGACAAAGGUUGGUAGAAGAAUGGCAGAGUUCCCUCUUGAUCCCAUGCUAUCUAAGAUGAUUGUGGCAUCAGAGAAAUACAAAUGCUCAGAUGAAAUUAUAUCGAUUGCUGCUAUGCUUUCUAUUGGAAACUCAAUCUUUUAUCGACCAAAGGAUAAACAAGUCCAUGCUGAUAAUGCGCGAUUGAAUUUUCACGCUGGGAAUGUUGGAGAUCAUAUUGCAUUGCUGAAGGUGUACAGUUCCUGGAAGGAAACCAAUUUCUCGACUCAGUGGUGUUAUGAAAAUUACAUCCAGGUCAGGAGUAUGAAGCGUGCAAGAGAUAUAAGAGACCAAUUGGAGGGGCUGUUGGAGAGAGUUGAAAUAGAAAUGACAUCAGACCCCAAUGAUCUAGAAGCAAUAAAGAAGGCUAUAACAUCAGGUUUUUUCCCCCAUUCUGCAAGGCUGCAGAAGAAUGGAUCUUAUCGAACGGUCAAACAUCCUCAGACUGUCUAUAUGCACCCCAGCGCUGGUUUAGCACAAGUGCUUCCAAGAUGGGUCAUCUACCAUGAACUGGUUCUGACAACCAAGGAAUACAUGCGGCAGAUCACUGAACUAAAACCUGAGUGGCUGGUGGAAAUAGCUCCUCAUUAUUACCAGUUGAAAGAUGUCGAAGAUCCGGGAGCAAAGAAAAUGCCUCGUGGAGAAGGACGUGCAUCCUAAAAGGCCUCACAUCUUGGGAUUGAGAUUUAGUGUGUUCCUGAGGAACACGAUCUGGGAUGCUGAGUGAGAGGAAUAGGCAAAUAGGGAAGUGUAAAUACAAUGUGCAAAUUUGUAGAUGUACUUUUAACCCAAAACAAUUUUCCGUCAUUAAUCUUUCAUACACACAUUAUGUUCCCACUGUAAAGGCCAUCAUUUGUCAUUCUAUUUAUUUACCAUUCUGUAUACUAUUUCCUUUUUUUAAUGCUAGGCAUGGUCAUAUUUUGAAUGUAGACUGAAAUUCGGGUUUUGAGAUGUAUGAUAAGAGAAUUUUUCUGGACUUGCUUUCAUA